AUGAAGAAUUUUCUCCGUGUCUGUCGCCUUUCGAAAGACACCAGUCUGGAGGGUUCCGUCUCCCUGCCUCGAUACCUGGACGUCGAGGAAAGGGAGCACUCCGUUAUUUUCUUCCUCCAUGGUAAAUUGGAUUUGUGGAAAAACUGAGUCCAAUUCUCUUUUAAAGUUGUCUUUCGCGUCUCGGUGUAAGAUGACAAAAGUGUCGUCUACGUAGCGCAUCCAGAAUUUCGGCUUGUAUGUCUGGAAGACCCGAGUUUCCAGUUCCUGCAAGACCGCCUCAGCAUGACCGACAAACGCCUAAGAACGCGCAUGCAUGAGCACACUUUAGCCGUAAGGCGAAAGGACGUACUAUCGCAUGUCGCCAUGCACUGCCUGGAAAACAACCACAAGUUCGACUUUGACGGCGCCCAGGUGCUCGGCCGAGCCGAAAGCAAACUGGCGAGGGAAGUGAUUGAGGCCUGGAAAUCAGACACGAACUCUAUCAACCGAAGUAUCGAUUUGCCAGCGCCAUACGAGGCCGUCAGGCACUAUCUACGCGCGAGAGGGGGGGCAACGAGAAGCGAACGGGACGAACCUAUCGGGUGAGAGUGCAGAUGGCCUAUUUAAACCCUGUAUUUCUCGCUCAGCCUAUCUCCGAAGAUGUGCUCGAGUAUGAACACGAAACGUCAGAUAAAUAAACCUUCUUCCCCAGAGAUCGCCUCAUCCUCCUCUUCCAUAUUAACACCUGGGGUCAGCAUUUUUGCCUAUAUCCACUUUACACUGUAUAUUUCGAUUUCACUAAGGCUUUUGAUAGUGUUGACCAUGCUCUUCUUCUCUUGAAACUGUCCUCUUUCGGAAUAAGUGGCAAACUUUUGAAUUUUAUAUCCUCUUAUUUGGGCACUCGCACACAACGAGUUAAGAUUUCCAAUACUAUCUCCAACCCCACACGUGUGAGGAGUGGAGUCAUUCAGGGUAGUGUACUCGGCCCGCUUUUAUUUUGCCUUUUCGUUAAUGAUGUACCCGAUUUAUUUCAGAAUGGUAAGCCUUUCAUGUAUGCCGAUGAUCUUAAAGUUGCAUAUCGAUAUAGGCCGGCAGAUCAUGACAUCGUGCUUGAGCUCCUAAAGAGCGAUCUACAGGCUUUCGUCCAGUGGUGCCGCACAUGGCGCCUUUCUCUUUCUUGGCAUAAGUACUCAGUCAUGGUGGUUGACGACGACCGCCAACCUCAACUAAGUAUUGAAGGUCACGCAAUAAAUGUGCCAGGGGUUAUAAAGGAUUUGGGCGUAUCAUACUCCAAGAGUCUUAAUCUCUCGGAGCACUGUGCCUUGAUAGUCCGCAAAGCACGCAGAACGACCGAGUUUAUCCUCCGAACUUUAAAACUAGGGACAUUAGAAUGCGCCUUUUCGACAUGUACGUUAGACCUGGUCUGGAAUACUGUUCGUUUUUAUUUAGCCUCAUGCGUGCUUCUGAGCGGAAGAAAAUAGAAUCCGUUUAACACUUUUUUACCAAGAGAAUUUUAACCCCAGAACACCGACAUUUGUCUUACCAAGAACGUUGCCGGCUUACAGGCCUCGAUCCUUUAGGGUUGCGUAGAUUACAAAAGGGACUAUUUUUGCUAUUUAAACUCUUAUAUAAUCACACAUCUAACCCACUCACCUCUUUAAGACAUCAUAUCCACCCACGACGUAACAGUCACCGUGAGGUCUCCUUAUUUCUGCCUCUGGCACGUACUGUUAAAUAUUGUCGGUUCUAUUCUGUAAAUGCAAUUGCUAUUUGGAAUAAACUACCCAUGAGUGCGAAAACUUUGCAAAAUUAUCCUUUAUUUAAGAGAACUAUUACUCAAUUUUUGCAUUCAGAAAAGCUCCCACAAAUUUUGGGUGCUGAAUCUACUGAUCGACUGUACCGUAGCGAUGGCGUUUGUGGUCUCUGAACACUAUGGCUGGUCUCACCAGCUGUUCCUCAACGCCUCUACUUUGACUAUCCCCAACUUCAUGAAAGGAAUUGACGUCCGAGGAUCUCCGAUACCGUGCAACCCCCUCCCCCCCUUCUUGACGGUCGAAAAUAUACCGCCAGCAGUUUUUUUUCUCCUGAACCCUUCAAACCAUAAAAAGCAUCAUCAACUAUAAUUUUUAUUCUUCAGGAGUUUUUUUUUCACUGCUGGUCGGAUUUGUGUUUAAUCGUUUCCCUUGACAAUGCCUGUAAACAGGCAUUUAAUAAAUUAAAUUAACUUUAAUUUAAUUUAAUACCCCGCGAACUCAUAGGUUUAGUCUUCCAGGACACCCUAACAGAGUUGUUCAACAAUGGGGUCGGUAAAAAUAUCGACAUAUGUGUGUCUAAAAUGCCAUAGACAGAGCUUGGAACGCGUUACCUGAAAAGUUCGUCGUAGCGCUAAAUGGGGUUUCUUUAGGGGCGCCUGUUUCGCUGUUCGGAGUUAGGGCGGAACACAGUAGUUUAGAAUGGCAUAGAGCAAGGUAAUAUACGCCUUAGACUUCUGCAGUCUACUUGUCCGCCAUUACCUCGGUAGCGUGUAAAUGCUAGGUGCCGCACAUAUGGUGAGAGUUCGACCGUCGUAAACGACGACGUCCAUGGUUAGAGCAGUACCAGUUAGCUGUAUCUGAACAGGUCUUGGGUAAGCGGACUUCGGCAGAAUACGCCGCAUUCUCUCCUGUCUCAUCCGUCAGACUUCGAGGGCAAGAAACUGUCAUCGCGACCGAAGAUAGGCUCGGGCGCAAAGCCAAACGACCUAUAUACGCGCGCCACACAGAUCUGGUCCACCAGAACGCGCUAGAAUUUUACAGAAAGGUAUUUCGUACCUCACGUCCAUGAGAAUGCUAUAAAGACUACAUUAAGAAGGAAUAAAUUGUCCUGACUCCCAGUUGUCAAGCCAGUCGCCCCACGAAAACAUGUAGUGCUAGUCAGGAAACCGAUUUAUCCAGAAAGAUGGCAGCUUUCCAAGCCACGAAUUGAAACGUAUGGCGAUAGUUUCAAAGUGUGUCAAAUUCAUUACGACAAAGAAUGCGUUGAUGUGCCAUGGAGGUGGGUUCGUCGGAGUCAACCUCACUCUCUUUUCUUCAUCCGUGCACUAGUUGGCUGUCCGAGUUUUUCCGUCAUCCAGUGCCGAAGUUGGACACAAUGGCUGACAGAAAUGCAACAGCCAAUCUACGUGUGCCACACAAGAUCUGAUCGGACGCCAGGAUGCGCCGAAGAACAGGCCUUUAAUUGAUUGUAGAAGUUGGUUUCUGUUUGUGUGUCGGGUGAUAUUAGUUGCAGACAAUCCGAGGAGCAACCGAUCGGAACGGAGGACGGCGCUAGUGGCCCGGGAACUGGCCCGCUACAAGGUGGGCAUCGUCGCACUCAGCGAGACCCGAUUCUCCGGCCAAGGCCAACUGGAGGAGGUAGGUGCAGAUUACGCCUUCUUCUGGAGUGGUCGACCCAGGGCAGAGCUACGAGCGCGAGUGUCGUCUUCGCCAUCCGGAACGACAUCGUGGGACGACUGCCUUGUUUGCCGCAGGGCAUCAACAAUCGCCCGAUGAGCCUCCGUCUGCCUCUCCGGCGGGGGGGGGGGGACAAUUCGCCACCAUAAUUAGCGCCUACGCUCCCUCGUUGAGCAGCCCCGACGCCGCCUCAAGAGACAAAUUCUACGAGGACCUGCACGCCCUCUUGGCGACUGUGUCGAAGGCGGACAAGUUGAUUGUCCUUGGUGGUUUCAACGCCCACGUCGGCACAGACCAUACUGCCUGGAGAGGAGUGCUGGAUCCCCACGGUCUCCGCGGCUCAAACAAAAACGGACUGCUGCUCCUCCACACCAGCGCAGAACACCGCCUCAUCCUGACGAACAUCUUCUUCUGUCUGCCGGAGCGAGAGAAGACCACCUGGAGGCAUCCUCGGUCGCGUCAGUGGCACCUGCUGGACUAUGUCCUCGUCCGGAGGCGAGAUCAGCGGGACGUGCUGGUGACGAAGGCGAUCGCGGGUACUGACGGGUGGACCGACCAUCGCCUCGUCAUCCCGAAGAUGCGUAUUCGCCUACAGCCUCGCAGGAGACCACAAGGUAAGCGACCCCCAGGUAAGCUAAAUGUUGCUUUGUUGUCUUUGCCCGCUCACCAUCUGCAUUUCAGCAAUGAGCUAGACAACCUUUCCAUCGCGGCCGUAGCCGCCGCUGCCGAGAACGCCUCCGUGGAGAACCGCUGGUGUCAACUGCGAGACACGGUCCAGUCGACGGCGCUCGUCGUCCUUGGUCGCGCUCCCCGUCAACACCAGGACUGGUUCGACGACAACGACGCCGCCAUCAGCAAUCUGCUUGCCGAGAAGAACCGCCUACACAAAGCCUACGUAGAUCUACCCACUGAGGACAACAAAGCUGCCUUCUACCGCAGUCGCCGACAGCUUCAGCAACGACUGCGCGAGAUGCAGGACGCCUGGACUGCUCGCAAAGCUGAGGAGAUCCAAGGCUACGCGGACCGCAACGAAUGGAAGAACUUCUUCUCCGCGAUCAAAGCUGUCUACGGUCCGCCGACGAAGGGCACCGCUCCUCUCCUCAGCGCCGACGGUGGCACUCUCCUGACUGAGAAGACGCAAAUCCUACAGCGAUGA